AUGAGCCGCAAGACUUUUGGCCUCGACGCCUCUGAUUUACCACAGGACCCAUACUAUCCCCAAACAGACCCUACAGGCCCUAGUUUCCUUGAUACAGAGGGAUGUCUCUGUGCUUUACAGGUAACACCAGCCGGUGGAGCCCCGGAACCAGCUUGGCAAUGUAUUGGAGACCAAAGCCAGGGAAGCAUCUACACAAUCAGGACCGGCAGAUGGUUUAACACACUCAAUGGAGCCGGCAAUGCCAAUGGACCCAUUAAUGACGCUUCAAGUCCGCCGGAUACUGAAAAGCCCCUACGGUGGCUCUUUGGAGCAUUGCGAGACUCGCCGGGCAACGACGGGCUGAGUGUGUACGACAGCGCCUGCACCGGCAAGAAUAACACCAGAUUCUCGACCUCGUUUUACGAAGCAACGGCACAGAUCAACGCAGGCCAGCAGCCAUAUAGCGCCGCGCCGUGUUAUAGACAAGGGGCGGUUCCGAUAGAGAUCCAGACAGUGGAGAUUGGCAGCCGUUGCCCGGAAGGUUCUUCCUACGAGCUGUUCCUCAUCCCUCUCGUCAUCUUGAUCAUUGUCGAUGUUCUGGCGAUCGCUGGCAUGGUUAUCUAUCGAUUCCGAAAGCGCCUUCGCGACCAUCAAUCGAACAAGAACCGGAGACCAACCUUAAAGCGUGGCAUGAGCAGCAUGAAAGCUCAGAUCACGGGUUACAGGGCACUUUCGGAAGAUACAGACCGCGAAAUGCUCCCGAUGAGCGCGACCUACAUCCCCAACCGGACUGAUUCGUACGGAGGGGGGUUUCAAGCCGCCCUUGAGCUCGGUUCCGAAUACUCGGUCAACAUCAGGCCCACGAGCGAGAUGCUCAAUCCUCAACUGAUGGCAUUUGUCUCCUCGAUGAGGCGUGCGACCGAUGCAACCAACUUUGGUCUCUCCUUCAGCUACUCUGACCUCAGUUUCCAGCCCAAGAAGAGCUCCAAGGUGAUUCUUCAGAACGUCACAGGAUCCAUCGACCGGGGAACUUUGACAGCUGUCAUGGGCGGAUCCGGGGCCGGCAAGUCAACUUUCGUCAACGUUCUCAUGGGUAAGACCAAGAACACAGGAGGCACAGUGGCUGUGAACAGCAGUCCAGACAAGUUGAAGCGGUACAAGAAGGUGAUUGGGUACGUGCCUCAAGACGACAUCGUGCUGCCGGAGCUCACGGUCUACGAAAACAUUGUUCAUAGCGCAAAAAUCCGCCUGCCCCAGACUUGGUCAACAGCUGACAUUGAGUCUCAUGUUGAUUCUGUCAUUGACUGUUUGGAACUCUCACACGUACGCAACUCCUUGGUGGGCUCAGUCGCUGUACCCGUCAUUAGUGGCGGACAGCGCAAGCGCGUUAGUAUCGGUAUGGAACUGGCAUCUGCUCCGAUGGCAAUCUUCUUGGAUGAGCCGACGAGUGGUCUUGAUGCUACCGCAGCUUCAUCUCUGAUGCGGACUUUGAAGGCAGUUGCGCGGCUGGGAAUCACCGUCAUCGUCAUCAUCCACCAACCCCGCACCGAGAUCUUUGAGAAUUUCGAUAAUCUCAUUCUCCUCGGCAAUGGCCAGACUAUCUACGAAGGUCCCCAAGCUGAAGUGCAGGACUAUUUUGAAGGCCUCGGCUUCGGCUUCCCAAAACACAGCAAUCAUGGCGACAUAGUCACCGAUAUCAUCACUGGAAACGGUCGCGACUACAAGCAAAUGGGGGAGAUCUCCAAAGAAUCGCUCAUUUCGAAGUGGUCAGAUCACCGCCAGGCCCUCACGCACAAGGAGCGACAUGCUUCCUCCAUCAUGAGCAACAACGGCAUGUACGCCGCCAUCAAGCAUCGCGGUGCGCCGCUGUACAAACAAACAUGGCUCUGCCUUCGUCGGGCCAUGCUUCAGCAGUACCGCACCAAAGCAGCUUUUUGGGCCGAGAUGGGUCUCGCGGCGCUCGCUGGAUUUCUCCUGGGCCUUGCCGAGCAUUCAAAAAAGGGCAUCUUGUUCACAGGCACUUUCAAAGAGCCGUACUCAAUCUUGUCAACUGCUGUGGACUUCAAGUCGGCCCCUGAACUUGCUCUAUUGGUCUCCAUUGCUGUGGGUCUAGUGUCUGGUGCGCCUGGUGUCAAGACUUUCUCGGAGGAACUGCUCGUGCAUCGGAGGGAAGCCGAAGCGGGACACAACAGGCUAGCAUACUUCCUUGCAAAGGUCGUCUCUGUCCUCCCCCGUAUGCUCUUGGGCUGUCUCCAUUUCACGACAUUCUUGUUCAUUCUCACGGUACCGGUGAUCAACUGGGGGCUUGCCUUUCUCACUAAUUUCUUCUACUUUUACUGCAUCUACGGGCUGGCCAGUAUCAUCAGCAUGCUUGUCAGACGAGAAGAUGCUCCCCUGUUUGCGACAAUGAUUAGUCUCAUCGUUGCAAUCUUGUCUGGAGCUGCUCCCCCACUGGCCAAGGUCAAGGAGUGGCACUUGGAGUGGCUUUGGCGCGCUUCACCUGGUGUCUGGCUGGCAGAAAUCUACUUUGGUCAGCUAGUCUCGCCCUUUGGUUAUUUGUAUGAUGUCGAUUCUGCUGCAGCGGCGACUGGUUUCCAUUUGAACUGGCUAUGGCGCAACAUGGGAGUUUUGGUUGGCAUUGGAACUAUCUAUAGAGUGAUUGCAUUUCUUGCGAUGGUUUUCGGGCAAAGCCGGCGUAGAUAG